UCCUCGAGCAGCUCUGCGGGGGCAGAGGCUGGGCUGACUCGGCGUGCGGGGCUCCAGCCUCCGCUGCCCUGGGAGCUCUAGCUAUAGAGGGAGCAGGGGAGGCUGCGAAGUUUCUGCUGGGACCUGAGCUCCGGCCGGCGGAGAUCCCAUGACCAGGGGAGCUCGCAGCUCGGCUUGCGGAGCGGUAGGUGAUACAAGUCCAAUGGCUGAAAGGUGCAAAUUUUGAACAACGAAGGAUACAGAGAAGGAGAGAGGCUGGGCCAGUGUCCAGGACGACAUCCCUCCAUGGAGGCCAGAAAGUUCUCCCCAGCAUGCCACAGCACUACAAUGGAGUCACUAAGAGAGACACUGUUCUUUGGGGAAGGCUAGGGAAAAAAUGAGUGUGUGCUGGGGGAUUAUGAAGAGGUUGCUGUCUCAAAGGAAAGGAUGCUAAAGAAGAUACAGCUAAAUUAAGAACCUAUUGAAAAGUGAAUCAUGCAGCUUUCUGAAAGGAGCUGAAAUGCAGCCCUCUGACAGUGUCAUGAACCUGAGACAAGUCUUUGUGACUGUAUUGAUGUUUGGAGUAGCAGGUCUACUCCUCUUCAUGUACCUGCAGGCCUGGAUUGAAGAACAUCCUACAGCGUCUGGAGAAAAAUUACAACAGCAGAUAAUUAAUCAGGAUUCCAAGCUCCCGCACCCAGAGGAGCUUGCCACAGCACCAAAAAAUCAGAGUGCUGCUGCUAACCUCAACAAGCGACAGACAACUGUAAUCAUGGGCAGACAUUCACAGGAGAAAGCCAGUCCUCUUGGUGAGAUAGCCAGCUCCUUGGUGAGCCGAUUAUCUGAACAGCAGAAGAUGACUAAAGCCUUUCUAAAACAACAAGUGAAUUUAUCACCAGUGAUGCGCCCUUUAAAUAAAAGUUUAAUCAAAGAUGACAGAUGGAAAAACAUAGAUGACGCUCAAGAAAAACGCAGAUAUUUUCUUUAUGACUUCUGUAAAAAAUACAGUAGUGAGAACCGGCUCAGAACCCAUCUAGUGCGUAUGGUAUCCAGAAUAUACGUGGAGGAUAGACACAAAAUCUUAUACUGUGAAGUGCCUAAAGCAGGCUGUUCCAACUGGAAAAGGAUUCUGAUGGUGCUCAAUGGACUUGCCUCUUCGACAUACAGUAUUAGCCAUGAUGCCGUGCACUACGGAAAGCAUCUAAAGAAAUUGGACAGUUAUGACUUAAAAGGGAUACAGACACGUUUAAAUACCUACACCAAGACCAUAUUUGUACGUGACCCCAUGGAAAGAUUGGUGUCUGCAUUCAGGGAUAAAUUUGAACAUCCAAACAGCUACUACCACCCAGUGUUUGGAAAGGCAAUUAUUAAGAAAUAUAGACUUAAUGCACAUGAAGAGGCACUGAAAACCGGAUCAGGCGUGAAGUUCAAAGAAUUUGUCCGGUAUUUGUUAGAUUCCCAGCGCCCAGUAGGAAUGGAUAUACACUGGGAGCAGAUUAGUAGACUCUGCUAUCCCUGCCUCAUCAACUAUGAUUUCAUAGGAAAAUUCGAAACUCUAGAGGAAGAUGCCAAUUACUUUUUGCAAUUGAUAGGUGCUCCAGCAGAGCUGAAGUUUCCUAAUUUCAAAGACAGACAUUCCUCCGAUGAAAGAACAAAUAUGGAAGUAGUGAGACAGUACUUAAAGGAGCUGUCAGAUACAGAGAGACAGCUGACCUAUGAUUUUUAUUACUUGGAUUAUUUAAUGUUUAAUUAUACAAUGCCAAUUGUAUAGCUCUGAAUGAUUUUAAAAUUCUAUCAGACAUUUAACGAUUUUGGCCUCAAACCAGCAACUGUAAUAUUACCAUACAGCUCUGAGUGGAAGAAAUAUAACUGCUAAGUGUAACUGUCUUGACUUAGUUGAGAUUUUAUAAAUGAAAGUGACACCAAUUGACACAAAAUUAUAGGAGCAACGCACAAAAGAGAUCUAUAAACUAUCUAAUUUGCACUAAAAGGUCUGAAAAAAGCUGCUUUUGAGUAUGGAUUAUAUUGUGGAAGCAGUAAUCCAGCCAGCUGUUUCAUUAGCUCAGCGAAUGUUCUUGUAAUGGUUGAAAAACAUUCAAAAUAGCAUGGAUUUGUGUGUGUGUGUGUGUCUAUAUAGGAAUAAUGUGUCAAGUGUUUUGAAUGUAUAUUUUUUGCUGUCUGUGGCAUAUUAAUA